AUGAACUGACUCCAGAGCUGUACUGACUCUGUGCUGCGCUCUACUUGGAGCACAAACUCUCAAACACACAUGCACAGUGACUCGUGUGCUGUUACUAGGGCUGAAAAUGGUGUGCCUGCUAGUGAUGAUAUAGCCACAAGAAGCAACAGGUCCUGCCAGCACCGAUUGCAGGUUUCGCUGGGGGUACUGCUUGUGAUGGGAGGCCUGGCGUUCUUCGUGACCAUGAGCUCUUAUACUAUUCUCAUUGGCUUGGCCAUAGUGUUUCUGGGCCUCUUGAUACUCAUCCGUGUCUUCUGUGUGGUCUUCAAAUCCAGUCACGUAGCUGUGCCAGGGCACUUUCUUCUACACCCACGAACGGGAACCCGUUACACCCACCAUCAAGCCAUUGCGGUGCAGAGGAGGCUGGAUCGUAUUCGGAGAGCUACGCAAGAGGAUCACAGUAUAGUCCAGAUGCCUCCCGCCUCAGAUGCCAGUCCACAGAGCCAACCUCCCACCCCUCCGCCCUGGCAGAUGGAGCCUCCGCCAUCCUACGAGACUGUUAUGAAGACCACUACAGCUGUAAACCAACUAUAGCCACUGCUGGCACUCUGAACAGCAGCGUUAAUGACUGAUGAGCUGGUCUAACAGGCCAUGCCUAGAUAUGAAAAUCCUACUGCACUGUAAAAAGUGAUUAGUUACUUUACUUUUAAAAAGUGAGUAAACCGGUUGCCUUAAAAAACAACAAGCUGAUUUUAUUUUUUAAAAAUUCAUAAAACCCAUUGACUUAAAUUUUAUAAUUAUGCACAUAGUUUGUUUAAUUAAUAAUUAUAAAGCAACAAGUUUACGCUCUUUUUUUCAAGUAAAGUCAACUCAUCGAUUUUUAUAGUGCGAUAGGCCAGCGUUUAUUUUUUAUGAUGGAUAACCAAUUAUAGCUAAAAUUAGAAAUCUGUUCAAUUUUUUAAUUUAUUUAUUUUUUAUAUUAUAAUCACUAAAAUCUAAAUGAAAAUGUAUAGGGCUGCAACAAAUCAUUUUAAAUGUUUAAAAAUGUAUUGGUAUCUAUUUUCAUGCACCUCUUCAGCCUGCUCUCAAGAGAAAACUUAUGUAUUUUACGUUUUGUCAGUUAGUGGCUAAUGCGUACAAAUUCGUACGAGUUCAGUCAUAUGAAAAAUGUGCGAUUUUAAAAAGGAGGCAUGGCACUCAAACCCACCCAUAAACCCAACUGUCAUUGGGUGAUGAGUAAAGCGUACUAAAUUGUACAAAUUAGAUCGUACGAAUUGAUACAAUUAGCCACUAAAUCAAAAAGUUACGAAUUGCCAUGAGAUUGCGUUGACCGACGUCAUCUGCCGUGGAUAUUUGAUUGGUUUUAGGUUGUGUAAUUACCUAUCUAAAAUUCGAUGCAACUUUAAUGUCAAAUUUUGAUGUCCAUACAAUGUCAAAAGCUAACAUCAUUAGCCGUUGAUUUUAUGUUGUGUCGUGAACUAACUUACAUUCAUUUUGACAUUGAAAUCUGACCUUAAACUGACAUUGGGUUCUGACGUCAACCCGAUUUUCUUAUACAACCAAAAUUCAAAGUUAGUCUGACAUUGGAGUCUAACCUCAAUUUUACGUCUGUGUGACGUCCGGUGCCUGCUGGGAUUAGAUAGUAGUUCUUAUUAGUUAAAUACUAGUUAGAAUUAAAAAUAUACUAGCACAUAUUCAUUAGACACUAGUUCUUAUUUAUUGGAUACUAGUUACUAUUUAACACUGUUAAAAAAAAUCUUGCUACCUUAUGUUUUUUUUAGAAUCAAAUUAACUUUUCUAGUCAUCUUAACUAACAUCAAUCAAAUGGCUGAAAAAUAUUAAGUUAAAAUUUGAAUACAACAUUUAAAAAUGUGAAAAAUUUAGUUGAAACCUGAUCAACUUAUUAAAAUAAGUUAAACAACAAAAAUAUAUGUUCUCUUGGCUUAUUGUCAUUAUUAUUUUUUUACAGUGAAUAGAUACCUAUUCAGUGCACAUAUUCUGUAGUUCUUAUUUACUAGUUACUAGUUCUUAAUAAAUAGAUUCUAGCACAUUCAUUAUAUACUAGUUCUCAUUAAAAAGACGCUAGCACAUAUUCAAUAUAGAUACUAGUUCUUAUUUAUUAGUUUAUUAUUACUUAAUAUUUAUUGUUCUUGAUAUUCUUAAUAUAUAUUAAUAUUCUUAAUAUAAGUUAAUCUUUUUUAUUAUUACUUAAUAAAUAGAAUGUUAUCACUCGAUUGAAUGGGCAUUGUCAGUGGUUGUCAGCUGAUAGAUAUGGGCCUAUAGAGGCCUUCUAUGCCUACUAGUAGGCUCAGAAGUUUGUUAUGAUCCAUAACAAACUUUUGAGCCUGUUAUGAUCCAUCCACAUGGUUUAUCAGCUUCUUGCUGCAUCACAGACAGCAAUAUUUUAACAAUUUAUAAAAAAUGUAUCACUGUUUGGCCAUCUGAUAUUAGACAUAGUUUUAUAUAUAUUACAAUCGUGAUUUUCCAAAGUAUUACAUUACUUUGUAAACGUUUAUUAUUAGCAUUUGUUUAGUCUCCCCGUACAGUUUGAAUAUCUCUUGGACCCAGAAGCCGCUUCGUGUGACGUCACGCUUAACAAGCGGUUGGAGUACUAAUAGUUAAUAAGAUAUACUAGCAUCUAAAACGUUGAAGUACUAUUGCAUGAAAAUAAAUACUAGUAUGUUUAAGAUGUGGGCGAUGUGGUGACGCAGUGGGUAGCACGUUCACCUCACAACAAGAAGGUCACUGGUUCAAGCCCCGUCUGGGUCAGUUGGCAUUUCUGUGUGGAGUUUGCUUGUUCUCCCCGUGUUUGUGUGGGUUUCCUCCGGGUGCUCCGGUUUCCCCCCCAAGUCCAAAGACAUGUGGUAUAGGUGAAUUGGGUAUGUUAAAAUUGGCCGUAGUGUGUGUGUGAAUGAGUGUGUCUGGAUGUUUCCCAGUGAUGGGUUGCGACUGGAGGGGCAUCCGCUGCGUAAAAACAUAUGCUGGAUAAGUUGGCGGUUCAUUCCGCUGUGGCGACCCCAGAUUAAUAAUGGGAUUAAGCCGAAAAGAAAAUCAAUAAAUGAAUGUUUAAGAUGUUUAAAAAUCCAAAACAUUUAUUUGUCUUUAAUAAAAUACAUUUUAGUUUUUAUUUGCUGAGGCAAAAAAAGUUCGUUUUGGCAAUUAAAAAUAAACCAAGUAAUUUCACAUUUUUUUAUGCAUGAAAGAAUGUAGCUCGGCAUGCACUAUUUAAGAAACGGAGUGGUUGAUGGGUUUGAUCAUUUUAUAUACUGGAUCUGUCAAUUAAGGUAAUUGUUAGAUAAAUACCGAAAAUGUAAUCUAAAGGGAAACAAGUGAAAAAGCAACACUGACAAUGAAUGAAAAACAAACUGAAUAUAACAAUAUAUUUAUCAUAUAUUGUGCAGCUUUGUUUCUGUCUAAAUUGACAUUAAAUUAUUUAGCAGAUCCUGUCAUCCAAAGCGACCUUUGAAAAUGAAGUGCCUUAAUUGAUAUAAAAAAUUCAGUUUCUCAAUUUUUAAUUACAUCCAUUUUUAGGGAUGUGUUUGAAUCGAAAUUUCCAAUGUUCUGAAGCUUAUAUCCAAAGACUUCAAAUCACACUAAAUGUCAAAGAAAACAAUCAUUCUGACCCUAAAGUAAUUAUAUGAGACAAAAAAAAAAAAAUAAGAUAAAGGGGCAAAUAAUAUGUAACCUCAGAAACAAAUUAUGACAAUUUAUUUCUCAUGCUGGGAUCUGAAAGACCUCAAAAGACCAUUUCAGUGUUCAAAAAGAGCUUAACAUUGAAGGAUGUUUUAUGGUUUUUCUUUACAUUGUGGUUUUACCAUGUUUGAAUCCAUUCAGCCAAACUACAAGUCUGGCAGGAACACUUUUAGCUUAGCUUAGCAUAGAUCAUUGAAUCAGAUUAGACCAUUAGCAUCUCGUUUUAAAAAAAUGUCAUAAAUUAUUACUGAAAAGGUCCCAGUUGAUGAAAUGUGCAUUCCUACUCUGUGGUGAAACAUUAUGGGGCAACUGUAAGUAAUAUUUGUUUAUUGGGUUUUGAUUAGGUCAGAUUAACUGAAAAGGAUUACAAAUAUUUUUGAGGGAACAAAAUAAAUUUUAGAAUAUCCUUAGUAUUUAAUUACACAUACACUACCAUUCCAGUCUUUGGUUGUUAGUAGUUACACCAAUGCUGCAUUUAUUUGUUUAAAAUACAGUAACAGCAUUAAAUUUGGAAAAUUUUAUUCUAAAUUUAAUAAAUAUUUCUUAUUGCUAUAAAUAAUAAAAAAGAUCCUAAUGUUAUUGUGGAAACCAUUAUAUAAUUGUAUAACCGUUAUAUAUUUUUUGAUGACUAGAAAGUAAAUAUAAUCAAUUUAAUUAUUUUAUCUACAUUAUACAAUAAUAAUAAUACAUAUGAAUAAAAACUAAAUCUAAAUAAUAAUGAAACAAAAUUCAUCCAAACUCCUAAUGGUAGUGUAUAUUACUGACUUUACUGAAAAAUCAACCCUAUGAUGUAAAUUGUUUUAUCAUUUACUGCCCCUCCACUGUUUUCAACCCUUUUUGCAUUUCUUUCUAUUGAACACAAAAGAAGAUAUUUUGAAAAAUGUUGGUAAUUAUAUAUUUUUUUGUUUCCUUACUAUUUAAUUAGUGAACUAUGUGUUCACCAACAUUUUUAAAAUGUCUUUGUUUAUCUUUAACAGAAGAAAUAAAUUCAGGUUUGAAACAGAUUGAAGAAUUAAAUGUUAAAACAAUUGUGAACUGUUUCUUUAAGAAUAAAAUGCUAAGCUAAUAACACCUUAUUAAUAAGCUGAACCAAACCUUAAAUUGUGCCUUGAUUUUUCUUAAUGUCCAGAACAUGUUUUUGAGAAAGAUUUAGACAUUUCCUUAUCUAUAUGUUAUUUGUACAUAAAUGGUAGGCCUACAUUAUGAUGCAGAAUUGAAGCUAACUCUCCUGAAUGUUACGUUCACUGUCACUUUAACAGGCCUACCAUAAUCUAUUAUAUCUAUUUGAUUUUAGUUUUAUUAUUAUUAUACAGUAUCACAUAAUGCUGAAUAUGUAUGUUUCCUGUGAUGUUUUGUCAGUAACACAUAUUGUUGAAGUGUAUUACAUAUCACCUGUGUGUUUAAAUACACCAUAUGAUAAAAAUGAAGUCAAUGUGUUAGUUGUUGAUCUUUUUUUAAGCAAUCACUGUUAACAAACCUUUAUUUUGAUGGUCUGUUUGUUGAAUUUAAGUUACAUUGCAUCUACAUGCCAACUAAUUCUCAUUAGAUUUUAAGUAGAGUUAGGUUGGGGUUAGGGUUAGUGUAAGUUGACAUGUACUUGCAAAAUUUCUUAUAGUCACUUAAAUGUCUGUUAAAGGAGCAGCAUCAAGAUAUAUUAAGCAGACAGUCUACUAAUACUCAAAUGAACCAUCAAAAUAAAGUGUUACCCUAUUUUUUAUUUCAUUAACAUGUAAAAUCUGUAUAAAAUUGCAGUUUACAUAGUCUAUUUUACUAGUGCACAUUGUAAGAUAUAUUAUGAAGAUAGUAUUUUGUAAAAUAUUUGUGGUUUAUGUUUUUAUUAUUAUUUUUAUUUUUUAUUUUAUGUAUUCUUUUGGCUUGCAUUAUGGGAUCUUGAUCUUUCCUCCAAAGCAUGCCUGUGUUGUAAAUUACUUUACAAAAACAUGGUAAUAAUCUGCCAGUACUUUUUCUGUUGUUUAACAGACUUAAUUCUCUAUAUAUUAUUUCUUAAACAAUAUCUUGUCUCAAACUACAAAAAAAAUGCCAAUUAAGAUCACUUUGUUAAACUGUAGAGUUCAAUUUCCAACAUCAAAAGUCACCAGAGCAGAGAUAAACAUAACUCCCAUAAUGCAAUUCACAACCGUUAAUAAACAGAAAACACCAUGUGAACCACAACAAAUGAAACACGUUAAUUAAUGGCUAUUUUUUACAGUGCAGAUGGCUUUUUUCUUUAGUAGAACA